AUGGCUGUAGCACUUUCUGUUCGCAGUGAGGGAUUGAGGGGCUUCUCCAGCCCAAAUCAAGGCAUUAAAUGGCAGAUGCAACACAAGAUGGAUGAAGACGAAUUGGGGGAGAAGGGAAACACAGUAUUCACACCCUUUGAAAAAGUCAUUUACGAUAUGAGGAACAAUGAAAAAGUGAAAAGUGAACUGAUACUUGGAAAGAGGAUUGGAUUUUACCAGCUCCGCGGAGAAAUUGGCAUUGGGAACUUCUCAAAAGUGAAACUUGGAAUACAUUGCUUGACAAAAGAAAGGGUAGCAAUUAAAAUUAUGGAUAAAAAGCACCUUACCCACGAGAAACAGGAGCUGUUCAUAAAUGAAGUUCUGUGUAUGGAGCAACUUCAUCAUCCAAAUAUUAUCCGAUUAUAUGAGGUGCUGGAGUCACACACUCGUCUACAUCUGGUCUUGGAGUACGCAGAAGGAGGGGAUCUCUUCACCAAGAUCUGCACACAGGGACGCCUCUUGGAACACGAGAGUAAAUUUAUAUUUAUUCAGAUUGUAUCGGCUGUCAAACAUAUGCAUGAAAACAAUGUGGUACAUCGAGAUAUCAAAGCAGAAAAUGUCUUUUAUUCACAUGGUAACCUUGUGAAAGUGGGUGACUUUGGCUUCAGUGUCCUGUGUCCUGUGAAUGAACCGCUUAAGACGUGCUGUGGCUCCCCUCCAUACGCAGCCCCAGAGCUAUUUAGAGAAAAAAGUUACUUUGGAAUCCACGUGGACAUUUGGGCUCUGGGUAUCCUGUUAUACUUCAUAAUGACAGCCACUUUGCCAUUCCGUGCAGACACAGUCAAGAAGCUAAAAAAAUCCAUCUUAUUGGGAUCAUAUUCAAUUCCACCUUAUGUAUCCGAUCUCUGCAAGACACUAAUACAUGGAAUUCUGCAACCCAUCCCGACUAACCGCUACUCUAUAGCCAACAUCCUGGACUGUCCAUGGCUGAGGGGGUUGCAACUUCCAGAGCCGCACCAACCAUUCCACUUGAGUCCAGAUCACCUGGCCGCGCAUAUGCCCCUCAGUGAAGAGGAGAGUGACGUGAAAAAUGCAUUGAGUGACCUAGGGAUCACGGAGGGACUCAUCGACAAUAACCAUGAUUGGGAGUUUCACAAUCCUAUCAUUGGCACUUAUCGCAUUGUUCUUCACCAGAGACAAAAAAUAUGCUCUGCCCUGAUCAACACAUGUUGUAGAGGCCAAACAAUGAAUGAAAGGAGUAGGCGGCAACCGAGGGAACACAUGCAGAACUCAAGAAUGUGUUUGAUUCUAUAAAUCCUACAAACAUAUCAAUAACAUUGCAGAAAAGAAGAGAACAAUUGCAGCACCAGAAGUUGCCAAAGCCAAAGAUAAAAUGGCCACAGAGGCAGUGAGCAUGAAAGAAACCUCUUCUAGUUUUACUUGCCUAGGAACCAGGGAACUCUGAUAUUCCAGCAGUGGUCUGCGCAAGUAUUGUACUUAAUGAAUCUAUGGGGAAACCUUUUCUUUUCUUAUUAGGGUUCAUAUGCAAUAGGAAUUCCAGUAAAUAUAUAAAGAUAUGACCGUGGAUAUAUUAAUUAAGUUCAAACGUUUGUUUGGUGCAGGAGCAGAAUUAGGCCAUUCGAUCCAACAAGUCUACUCCGCCAUUUAAUCAUGGCUAUCUAUUUUUCUCUCUCAACCCCAUUCUAUCUGCCUUCUCCCCAAAACCCCUGACACCCGGGUGUCUUGAUUAAAAAUCAAGAAAUAAGCAUGGGGGCUUCCCCAUUUUCCACAAACGUAAAAAAAAAAAAUGUCAUGAAUAAAGGGAUAGAAAUAGGUGUAUCGUGUCUGUGAAACACAAAUCGAAUGUAAGAGUCACCUACACACCAGAUCUCUGCCAGAAAUUAUUCCA